AUGGCUCUAGAUGUUGCUCAGAUAUACUGCUUAAGAGAACGUCUAGCAUCUGCUAUUCUUUUUAAACUUUGUGUCAGCCACAUUAGGAAACUUAUCAUAAAACUCACUCUGCAUUGUUUUCCAACAGGUGAAAAAUCCACGAGAUGUCCUCCCAUCUUCGCUUGCAUCCUUUCAUAUGAUGGCUUGCCUGCUAUGGUCUCAUCUAAUGAUCUUUCAUUGAACCAAGGUUCGAACCAGAAUUCAGAGGAAGUAAGCAGAUUAUCCCAGGGAAGGGUAGUUGGUUAUAUCCCACCUGAUGAUUUCUUCAUGCGUUUGUUAGCGGAUAAGCCGCACAGUGCAAGUUCUUUUCAGAAGACAACAGGCUGCAAGAACAGAAGUUCACUGGAUGCUCUAGUCAACAGUAACAGCAGAGCUGCACAAAAGAUUAAUUUCUCUAAUGACGGCGCCUCUCACAGCGUCUGGAGGGCGCGCGCCCAGGUGGGCGUCGAUUUGGAAAAUGCUGAGCACUAUCCUGAAAUUGAUGUGAUACAGAUCACCAAGAGGUGGCCAUCAACGCUGCAGGCUCUCUCAUUCGGAGGUGACCGCUGA